CACAUCACGUCUCCCUCUCUGUUGCCCGAUUCUAAUUUCUAACCAUUCAAGCUGUCCAACUUUUCUACGGGAUCCCCGUCAACCUCGGAUUUUCCCAAAACAUAACCAGAAAAAACUGAAGAAACUUAAACACAGAAAGAAUCCAAGCAGUCUCUGUCUUCUCCCCUCCCCAACCCCUCACCUACAGAGUAUUUUGAGGUUUUUCUCUCCUGAUUUAUUACAGGCUUUUAAAGAUCAGAAAAUUCAACCCGGAAAAUUCAAGGUACUAAAUCAAUUUUUUAUUAAUUUUCUCUCUCAUACAUAAUUGAUUAUAUAACCAAUUAUAUCAACAGACCAGGUCGAAAAAGUAACUAAUCUAUUAUCCAUUGAUUUCUUAUUCUGACUUUAUUCUCUAUGACAAGAACUGGGUUAAUCUAGAUGGGAUGAAUUUUAUGUUUUUUCAUCUGAUAGAAAAAGAAUCAUUAAGAAUUUCAAAGAUGCAGAAACAGCAGCAGAUGGAGCAGAUUGAAGAAGAGUUGAUGAAGAUGCAGAAGCGGUUGUCAGCUGCAGAGCAAGAAAGAGACAGAGUCAUGAGCGAGCUAAGAGACAUGAAGAAGAUAACCGAGCAGGCCUCCUUGAGGCUUAACGGCGAGAGUAUGUCACCAAAGAAUUCCAUGAAGGUUGCAGAUAUAGACACGGAGCUCACCAAGAUGAAAGGCUCAUUGGACACUGCAAGUCAAGAGCUGAAGAUUCGAGAACUGAACAUUAUUUCGUUGAAACUCGAGCUCGAAAAGGCAAAAGAAUGGAAGAUUAAAUUGGUGGAGAAAGAAGCUUUGUUGCAAAAGCUGAAAGAUGAAUUGGUUGAUGUGAAAUCAUCGGAGGCUCACUCGUUGGUCUUGUUGUCGGAGAGCAAGAAAAGAAUCCGAGAGCUCGAGGCUGAGGUAGAGAAAGGGAAAGAAUCAGAAACCAAGAUGCUAGAAUCCUUUGUUUCUCAGACAAAACAGCUUGAGCAGGCCAAGAUUUCGCUCGAAGAAUCGAAGAUCAGUAUCGGCUAUCUUCUCGAAAAGUUGAGGAGAUACGAGGGUUCUUCCGGGGAGAAUGUUAAUGAUCUUAGUGAAUUUAAAAGUUGGAUUAACAAAAAUUAUGUGACAAAGGAAGUAGAAGAUCUGAAAUCUGAGCUUCAAUCAGCAAAAAUGGAUUUGAUUCAUGCCCAGGAAGCUAACCAAGUUUCUUCUUUGAAAAUCAGAGAUCUCCUUGGACAAGCGAGCUUACUUCAGAAUGAAGUUAAGUCGGCUAACAAGGCUGAAGAAGACAACAAGAAAGCCAUGGACGAUCUAGCAAUGGCGCUGAAAGAAGUCGCAGCAGAUUGUGCUCAAGUAAAAGAGAAGCUCACCAUAACCGAAGCUGCACUGAAACUUACAGAAGGAGAGGCUGAGGAGCUGCAGGCGGAGCUAAAAAACACUGAAGAAAACUAUAAAUCUCUGUUACAGGAAGCAAGAAAAGAAGCUGAACGCCAUAAGAACACUGCUGAUAGAUUGAGAUUUGAAGCAGAAGAAUCACUCCUCGCAUGGAAUGCGAAAGAAGCUGGCUUCGUCGAUUGCAUCAAAAGAGCAGAAGAAGAAAAAAAUUUUGCAUGUGAAGACAAGAACAGGCUUCUUCAGUCACUUGUAACCGCCGAGAAUUUGAGCAAGAGAGCGAAGGAAGAAAAUUACAAGCUGCGUGAUAUACUUAAACAGGCAAUUAAUGAAGCUAACGUUGCCAAAGAAGCUGCUGCCAUUGCUAGAGCUGAAAAUUCACAACUCAAAGAUGCCUUGGCGGACAAGGAAGAAGCACUGCAUUUUCUCACCACUGAAAAUGAGAAUUUGAAAAUCAACGAAGCUGCAGCCUACGAAAACAUCAAAGAGUUAAAAAGAUUGCUCUUCGAAGCAACAUUAGCAUCGGCAAAUGAGGUGAAAACAGAGGAGAAAGAAAAUGAUAAGAAACUAAGCUACCAGAAUUCAAUGGAGAAGGAACAAAAAGACAACAAGAAACCAGUGAGUACUACUAAUUUCCACUUGAAGGAAAUUAAAGUACACAAACCGAGAGACACAGAAGAGAAUCCUAAACGCUCUGAAGAAGACGAUGAUGACGAUGAUGACGACGAAGAUUGUGAUUCGGCCAUGACUGAUCCACUUCGCGGAUCCAUCUUUGAUGUAGCAGCUGAAUCACCGGACGCCGUGCCUCUACAUUGGAAGAAAUCGCGUACUUUGUCAAUCGAUGACGGAGAGACGAUAAUUUCAGAGGAUUUUGAUAAUCUUGAUGGCGGCCAUGGCGACGAAACAGAAGGUGCUGAAGGUGCCAGAAGCUCGAGGAAGAAGAAAGCAUUGUUGAGAAGAUUUGGAGAUCUUCUAAGAAGAAAAAGUUACUACCCCAAAAGUAGUACCGAACCAAAGAGUACUGAACCAUCGGAGGCGAGUAAUUAAUAUUAUUUUGGUCAAUUACUCAUUUACAUACAUACAUACAUGCAUACAUACAUACAUACAUACACUACAAUUAAUUUAAUUAAUUCUUUA